AUGGCGGACCUUCCGAGGCGCAUCGUCAAGGAGACGCAAAAGCUCAUGAGCGAGCCGGUGCCUGGCAUUGAAGCUGCCCCGUCCGAGGACAAUCUGCGGUAUUUCAACGUGAUGGUCGAGGGUCCGAAACAGUCGCCAUACGAAGGCGGGUACUUUAAGCUCGAGCUGUUCCUGCCCGAGGACUACCCCAUGGCGGCACCCAAGGUUCGGUUCCUCACGAAAGUCUACCACCCGAACGUCGACCGCCUCGGGCGCAUCUGCCUGGACAUUUUGAAGGAUAAGUGGAGCCCCGCCCUCCAGAUUCGAACGGUUCUCCUGUCGAUACAAGCGCUCAUGAGCGCGCCCAACCCAGACGACCCACUGGCCGAGGAGAUCGCCAAGCACUGGAAGAACAACGAGGCGGAGGCGAUAGCCAAGGCCAAGGAGUGGACGCAGCUGUACGCCACGCAGUAG